AUGGCCAGGACCACCAGCCAGCUGUAUGACACGGUUCCCAUUCAGUCCAGCGUGGUGUUAUGCUCCUGCCCAUCCCCAUCAAUGGUGAGGACCCAGACUGAGUCCAGCACGGCCCCCGGCGUUCCCAGCGGGGGGAGCAGGCAGGGCCCUGCCAUGGACGGCACCGCGGCCCAGCCCCGGGCGAGCGCCAGCGCUCUGCAGCACGCCGCGCAGCCCCCGCAGCCCCGGAAGAAACGGCCCGAGGACUUCAAGUUCGGGAAGAUUCUCGGUGAAGGCUCAUUUUCAACAGUUGUCCUGGCCCGAGAACUGGCAACCUCAAGGGAAUAUGCUAUUAAAAUUCUAGAGAAACGCCACAUUAUCAAAGAGAACAAAGUCCCGUAUGUAACCAGAGAGCGAGACGUGAUGUCGCGGCUGGAUCAUCCCUUCUUUGUUAAACUUUACUUCACGUUUCAGGAUGAUGAAAAGCUGUAUUUUGGCCUUAGUUAUGCCAAAAAUGGAGAACUACUUAAAUACAUUCGGAAAAUCGGUUCGUUCGAUGAGACGUGCACCCGAUUUUACACGGCCGAGAUGGUGUCUGCCCUGGAGUACUUGCACGGCAAGGGUGUCAUUCACAGGGACCUGAAACCAGAAAAUAUUUUGUUAAAUGAAGACAUGCACAUCCAGAUCACAGAUUUUGGAACAGCGAAAGUGUUAUCCCCAGAGAGUAAACAAGCCAGGGCCAACUCGUUUGUGGGAACAGCACAGUAUGUCUCUCCAGAGCUGCUCACAGAGAAAUCGGCCUGUAAGAGUUCAGACCUUUGGGCACUUGGAUGCAUCAUAUACCAGCUUGUGGCAGGACUGCCUCCAUUCCGAGCCGGAAAUGAGUAUCUUAUAUUUCAGAAGAUCAUUAAGUUGGAGUAUGACUUCCCUGAAAAAUUCUUUCCUAAGGCAAGAGAUCUUGUGGAAAAACUUCUGGUUUUAGAUGCUACAAAACGAUUAGGCUGUGAAGAAAUGGAGGGGUAUGGCCCUCUGAAAGCCCACCCGUUCUUUGAGUCCAUCACGUGGGAGGACUUGCAUCAGCAGACGCCCCCGAAGCUCACGGCUUACUUGCCGGCCAUGUCGGAGGAUGACGAGGACUGCUAUGGCAACUACGACAAUCUCCUGAGCCAGUUUGGCUGCAUGCAGGUGUCUGCGUCCUCCUCUUCUCACUCCCUGUCGGCCGUGGACGCGGGGCUGCCCCAGCGGGCGGGCAGCAACAUCGAGCAGUACAUCCACGACCUGGACACGAACUCCUUUGAACUGGACUUGCAGUUUUCUGAAGAUGAGAAGAGGUUGUUGUUGGAGAAGCAGGCCAGCGGAAACCCUUGGCACCAGUUUGUAGAAAAUAAUUUAAUACUAAAAAUGGGUCCAGUAGACAAGCGGAAGGGUUUAUUUGCACGGCGACGACAGUUGCUGCUCACGGAAGGGCCACAUUUGUAUUAUGUGGAUCCUGUCAACAAAGUCUUGAAAGGUGAAAUUCCAUGGUCACAGGAACUCCGACCAGAGGCCAAGAAUUUUAAAACCUUCUUUGUACACACGCCGAACAGGACAUAUUACCUGAUGGACCCCAGCGGGAACGCGCACAAGUGGUGCCGAAAGAUCCAGGAGGUGUGGCGGCACAGGUACCAGAGCCACCCGGACGCCGCCGUGCAGUGA